UUAUUUUGGUGAAUUUGGAUUUCGAUUCAUUUAAAUUUCAAUUGUAAUUUAGUUAAUUUUACUUUAUUGUUUUACUUUAUUGAUUUGAUUGUUCUUUAUUUUUAUCCAAUUUGUGGAUUCAAUUGAUUAGUUAACUAUGGAAUCUUCAGAAUCAGCUGAUGAUUUACCUAAGGGUUGGCAACAAAGGAAAAGUCGAUCAACUGGACAAGUAUAUUAUUUGAAUAUUUACACGAAAGAGAGUCAAUGGGAGAAACCAACAUGCGAGGCGAGUACUAAAGAUGAUGAGAAAAUCCGAUGUUCUCACCUAUUGGUUAAACAUAAUGAGAGUCGUCGACCAUCUUCUUGGAGAGAAGAUACAAUUACUCGGACUAAAGAAGAAGCUAUGGAAAUUGCUGGAAAAUAUCUCCAACAAAUAGAAUCUGGUGAAAAAGAAAUGGAAGAUUUAGCUUCAGAAUUUUCCGAUUGUUCUUCUGCUCGGAAAAAAGGUGACCUGGGCUACUUUACUCGUGGAGCGAUGCAAAAGCCAUUUGAAGAUGCUGCCUUUGCUCUUUCAGUUGGUGAGCUCUCCCAGCUUGUGGAAAGUGCAUCAGGAAUUCAUAUUAUCAAACGAACUGGUUAAACAAACAAUCACCUUGAUCUUGGAAAAACAAUGAACCUUUUCAAGAGCCCAAUAUAGCAAUAUGUUCAUCAUCAUUAUGUUUGUUUACUUUUCCUUUUCUUUUCCCAAGUCUAGCAUAACAAUUCUCAAACAAAAUACUAUGUUAAAUUGAUCUUUCUUUCUCGUUCUAUCUCUUUCUCUCUCUUAAUCUGGAUCUGUUGAUGUUCCAAAAAAAGUACUGAAUCCAGAAUUAUUCCAAUAAUAAUCUGUUAAAAUCAAAACUCAAAACAGACUAACAAUCAAAUACAUAAAAAAAAUUGUAAGUGUUAUCCCUUGACCAUUUAUAAUAUUAGUUGAUUGGUCAAUACAUUUUUUUAGUGCCCCAACUGUGAGUACACAUAAAAUGCCAAAAACAAUCAGAAAAAAAAUUUAGUCUGUAUUAGAUUUAAAAAUGAAUUGAAUCAAUUAACUUAAUGUCUAAAAUGUAUCUUCCAAUCUGAUGAUUGUCAGUUAACAACAACAAUUAACAAAAAAUAAAUCGAGUUAAUCUUUUCCUCUGAA